UGCGGACGAAUGCUCCUGGUCAGCACAACAACCAAGGCUCUCGUGUCGCAGAGCCAGUUCUGUUGCAGGCAGCACGUUCCUGAAAAGAAGGGAUGUAGUCAAGAUCUGUCUGCAGGUAUCUCAUAGCCUGAUGGAGCUUCUGGAAGCUACAUGUAUUCUGCAGCUACAACUGACAGUUCUGCUGCUCGAGAAGCAGUCUGUUGAAUCCUUGAUCUCUUCGAUCACACACACCUCACAUGCCAGCUAAGGCAUCGAUCGAGCGUUGAAUGAGGCUCUGCGAGGACCGAGCAGCAUCACGUCACAAGCAAGGAUUGAACCGCUUGAAACAGCGAAGUGGAUCUCCGCUUCCGAGGCUAGCUCAGCCCUACAUCCUCACCUUUGAUUCCGAAGGACUGUCAUCCCAUCACUCUAAGCAACAUGUCCUCCAGGACAGACACAUCUUCAGCACCGGUCGUUCACGGUCUCUCUGUCACCUCCCUGACACAAUGCGCCCACUGGCACUCUCCGCUAGACAUCAUUGCCAUCAAGCACUUCUGCUGCCAAAAGUUCUACGCCUGCAUCAGCUGUCACGAUGCAGAAGAGACUCAUGAGUCUGGAGUCUGGCCGAUAGACCAAAGAGAUGAAAUGUCAGUGCUUUGCGGAGCGUGUAAGCACGUUUUGAGCAUUGGCGAGUACAUGAACAGCGAAAGCCGGUGUCCGAAGUGUGCGGAGAGGUUCAACCCUGGGUGCAAGAACCAUUGGAAUUUGUACUUUAAGCUUGGCAGCAAUGACUCGAUCGCAUGUGGCCGGGGCUGAUAGACACUUCUUUCUUCUCAAACUGCUUUCAUCGGUUGAAAAAGGGCAUGCAAUCAGCGUAAACGCAGGGUCUGCAAUUGAACGUUUG